UGUCCCAGUAGUGAGAUUUCCCCUCUCCUCCUGUCCCAUAGCCAAAACAGGAAGUGAGAGGAAAUCCCUGCACAUUAAGGGAAUCCCUCAGAGACCCCCAGGUCACCAGAACCAGUGUCCCCAUUGGAAGAUUUCCCCUCUAUUACUCUUCUUUGGACAACCCAAAUAUGAGAUUUUUUUUCACUUUCACUGAGGGGCGGACGGACAACUCAUGGAACCCCCGGGCAAUAGGGGAUCAUGGGGCCCCUGUGUCCUUGCCCAAGCUCAAAAAAGCCAAUGAAAAAGGUACCAGGGGCAUCUCAUGGGGCCCUCGUGCAGUGCCCGAGUUUCCAAAUGGUCAGUCCGCCCCUGGGUACACAGCAUCUGAAGAACCUAACAGAUGACAACUA